AAAGAGAGAGAGAGGGAGGGAGAGAGGCAGCGAGAGAGAGAGAAGAGAGAGAGACCUGCAUACAUAUCGUCUCCAGCAGCCUCCAGCUAGAAUUCGUCAGAUGUGAGAUCACACAGGAUUUACUUUCUACCCCCCCCCACCCCCCUCAAUCAUUUUUUUUUAUUUUUUAUUACCGGUCUGGCUUAGAGAAGAUAUUCAAACUUUGAGGAGGGGAUACAAGCGUCUAUUCCGAACCCAUCUGCUCAGUGAAAGGUCCUCAUAUUCAACAAUGUGUGAACGGGGCAGCGUGGCCUCGCUGUGCCUGGGGGCUUGCUUGCUCAUUGCCCACAUCGUCCUGGGUGCCAAAAGCUCUGGGCAGGACAGUGAGCACAACACGACAGUGUUCACCAAGAUCCUAGACAGUCUUCUGGAUGGUUAUGACAACCGCUUAAGGCCAGGACUAGGAGAGCGUGUAACUGAAGUCAAGACUGACAUUUUCGUGACUAGUAUCGGGCCAGUUUCGGACCAUGACAUGGAGUACACCAUUGAUGUAUUCUUCAGACAGAGCUGGAAGGAUGAGAGGUUAAAGUUCAAGGGUCCCAUGGCCGUGCUGCGUCUCAACAACCUGAUGGCCAGCAAGAUCUGGACGCCCGACACGUUCUUUCAUAACGGCAAGAAGUCGGUGGCCCACAACAUGACCAUGCCCAACAAACUGCUGCGCAUCACGGAGGAAGGCACGCUGCUCUACACGAUGAGGCUGACUGUGCGAGCCGAAUGCCCCAUGCACCUUGAAGACUUCCCGAUGGACGCCCAUGCCUGCCCACUCAAGUUUGGCAGCUAUGCUUACACUCGAGCAGAAGUGGUGUACGUGUGGACCAAAGGGCCCGACCAGUCUGUGGUGGUGGCAGACGACGGUUCAAGGUUAAACCAGUAUGAUCUGAUGGGACAGAGUGUGGAUUCUGGAGUGGUGCAAUCCAGCACAGGAGAGUACGUUGUGAUGACGACCCACUUCCACCUGAAGAGGAAAAUUGGCUACUUUGUGAUCCAGACCUAUCUGCCCUGCAUCAUGACAGUCAUCCUCUCACAGGUGUCCUUCUGGCUCAACAGAGAGUCCGUCCCUGCAAGGACUGUCUUUGGAGUGACCACUGUCCUGACCAUGACCACCCUGAGUAUCAGCGCCAGGAAUUCUCUCCCCAAAGUGGCCUACGCCACCGCUAUGGAUUGGUUCAUCGCCGUGUGCUACGCCUUCGUCUUCUCAGCCCUCAUUGAGUUCGCCACAGUCAACUACUUCACCAAGAGGGGUUACGCCUGGGAUGGAAAAAGCGUGGUGCCAGAGAAGCAAAAGAAGAAGAAGGAGUCCAUGCUGAAAAAGAACAACACAACAGCGUACCCGGCUGCCACUGCUACAGCCUUUGCUCCCAACAUUGCCAGGGACCCUGGAUUGGCCACCAUUGCCAAAAGCGCCCCUCCACCCCCGACUGAGCCCAAGGAGGAGCCAAAGCCCAAGCCCCCAGAGGCCAAGAAAACCUUUAACAGCGUGAGCAAGAUAGACAGGAUCGCCAGAAUAGCCUUCCCUCUGCUCUUUGGAACCUUUAACUUGGUCUACUGGGCCACCUACUUGAAUAAGAAGCCCAAACUGCAGGGGAUGACGCCACACUAAUCCACUGUUUGCUCCUUUGCAAUUCUACCUGUCUAACUUUCAUUUUCUUUGGUAUUCCUCAAAAGAGAAACAAACAAAAAAAAAUGUGUUUAUUUUCAGACAUGAUCUCCAUGCUGGUUUGAAUUCCCAGUCAUUGCAUUGCUUCUUUUUAUCUACAUUUUGAAGAUUUGGAGAAAACAACAUAGAGGAUUAAAUAAAAAAAAUAAAUACUUCCAAAAAAAAAAAA